CAACAACAUGUGCCCUUUCGAUUCAGUUACUUAGAAGUACAAUAUUCGAGAUCCACCUCUUAAGAGAAUAAUCCGGGGAAAGGUCGGUCGUAAAUCGCAUUUUACUCUAGUUUUGGUUUGUACCAGGGUUCGCUAACCUGAUAUAUUAGGUUACCGGUUACUUGCGAAAGAACCGGUAACCGGAACCGGAUAGAGUAACCUUUACACUAACCUGGUAAAAAAUUUCUACCAGGUUAGUAACCGACACACUAACCUAAUACAAUUUUCUAUCCGGUUCGUGCAUCGGUUAGUGUCCGGUUACUCUAUCCGGUUACCCGUCGCCGUUUCAUUCCUCUCUUUGCUAAGUACAAGCCUCUGACAUCCGAUCUAAAGAAGCUCGUCAAAGAUAUCCUAAUGAAGGAAGUACGAGAGAUCUGCAGUGAGCUACUCAAGGAUCCUGAAAUGGUGGCCCGGGCUACCUUUGUGGAAUACUACGACGACGACCCCACGGUCAGUGACUUCGAGAAAUUGAGAAGGAAGAAACAAAGGAACGAAGAACAAGUUCCAGUCCAGGCAGCUCUUGGGGAUCGAGUGGAGCGAGAGGUAGAGGCAUGGUUCUCACAAGACUUUCAUCUCACUACUGCUCUCAAACUACAGAAGUCUCGUCCCGUCCCCCAGGAUGUUCUUGAUCGGCUCGGAACAAACAAGAUCUGUUGGCUUGAAAAUGUGGAGAAGAUCGUCCAACACUUUGAUAUCAUGGACUGGUGGGAGCGGGAAGGGAAGAUUACCUAUCCCUUGAUUUAUGCCGUGGCCUGUUGCAUCCUUGCCCUUCUCGACAGCAAUGGAUUCCAAGAACGAACCUUUAGUGCGGCGACUUGGAUGGACGGAAUCCCCAAUGCUCUGCAAGGUGAUGUCACCUUCCAAAUGAAGGUUCUCGUCUACAAGAAUGCCGAGUUCUUGCGGAAGUACUGCUAGUACUUGAAGGAGGGCUAUCUGGAUAAGGCAAAGGAAAAGAUCAAAAUGCUAUUGAGCAACACUACUGCGGAUAUGAAGUCAGAUGAGAUUACGAGUGACAUGGAAGAUAUGCUUGAGGACCUGGGUUUGUUGGAUGGUGACGAUUAGGCAUGGCGUGGCAUUGCGUGGCAAUACGAUGGAAGUCUCACACCUUUCACUCGUCAAGGGUAGCUAUCUCUGUUACCUAGCAA